AUGGAGAGGGUAAAACUCCACCGCCAGGCUUCUCCAACCUCCAAGACGCACCUACAACCUCCAAGACGCAUCUACAACCUCCAAGACGCAUCUACAACCUCCAAGACGCACCUACAACCUCCAAGACGCAUCUACAACCUCCAAGACGCACAUACAACCUCCAAGACGCACAUACAACCUCCAAGACGCAUCUACAACCUCCAAGACGCACCUACAACCUCCAAGACGCACAUACAACCUCCAAGACGCAUCUACAACCUCCAAGACGCACCUACAACCUCCAAUACGCAUCUACAACCUCCAAGACUCGCAUACAACCUCCUAGAUGCACAUACAACCUCCAAGACGAUCCUACAAUCUCCAAGACGAUCCUACAACCUCCAAGAUGCUCUUACAACCUCCAAGACGCACCUACAACAUCCAAGACGAACUUACAACCUCCAAGAUGCACAUACAACCUCCAAGACGAUCUACAAUCUCCAAGACGAUCCUACAACCUCCAAGAUGCUCUUACAACCUCCAAGACGCACCUACAACAUCCAAGACGAACUUACAACCUCCAAGAUGCACAUACAACCUCCAAGACGAUCCUACAACCUCCAAGAUGCUCUUACAACCUCCAAGACGCACCUACAACAUCCAAGACGAACUUACAACCUCCAAGAUGCACAUACAACCUCCAAGACGAUCCUACAAUCUCCAAGACGAUCCUACAACCUCCAAGAUGCUCUUACAACCUCCAAGACGCACCUACAACAUCCAAGACGAACUUACAACCUCCAAGAUGCACAUACAACCUCCAAGACGAUCCUACAAUCUCCAAGACGAUCCUACAACCUCCAAGACGCACCUACAACAUCCAAGACGAACUUACAACCUCCAAGAUGCACAUACAACCUCCAAGACGAUCCUACAACCUCCAAGAUGCUCUUACAACCUCCAAGACGCACCUACAACAUCCAAGACGAACUUACAACCUCCAAGAUGCACAUACAACCUCCAAGACGAUCCUACAAUCUCCAAGACGAUCCUACAACCUCCAAGAUGCUCUUACAACCUCCAAGACGCACCUACAACCUCCAAGACGCACAUACAACCUCCAAGACGCACAUUCAACCCUCCAAGACGCACAUACAACCUCCAAGACGCACCUACAACCUCCAAGACGCACAUUCAACCCUCCAAGACGCACAUACAACCUCCAAGACGCACCUACAACCUCCAAGACGCACAUUCAACCCUCCAAGACGCACAUACAACCUCCAAGACGCACAUACAACCUCCAAGACGCACAUACAACCUCCAAGACGCACAUACAACCUCCAAGACGCACAUACAACCUCCAAGACGCACAUACAACCUCCAAGACGCACAUACAACCUCCAAGACGCACAUACAACCUCCAAGACGCACAUUCAACCCUCCAAAACGCACAUACAACCUCCAAGACGCACAUACAACCUCCAAGACGCACAUACAACCUCCAAGACGCACAUACAACCUCCAAGACGCACAUACAACCUCCAAGACGCACAUACAACCUCCAAGACGCACCUACAACCUCCAAGACUCACCUCCACCGUUCCAUUUAAGCGGAGAUCACAAUAA